CUACGCCACGAAGUUCUUGAGCUGAUCUCUUUGUGUCUUUCUUCACAUUUCUUGUUUAUUGUCACGCUUUUGGUAUUUUCUUGGAAUUUUUUAAGUACCAAAGGGUGGUUUGAGAAGUUGCUGUAGUUUGAGAAUUUGGUGAAAUGGCGACGGUUGCAGUGACGGGGAUUGAUCGUAAUGCGGCGUUAUCGCCGGAGGCGCCGCUUGCUCCGGUGACUAUUGAACGGAAAGUUAGAACAGACUUGGAAACUUCUAUUCCAAAGCCUUAUCUGGCAAGGGGAUUAGUGGCUCCUGAUAUGGAGCAUCCCCAUGGAACUCCUGGCCACAGGCACCACGGCUUGAGCGUUAUGCAGCAGCAUGUCGCCUUCUUUGAUCAGGAUGAAAAUGGCAUUAUUUACCCAUGGGAAACUUACUCAGGACUUCGUCAAAUCGGUUUCAAUAUGAUAGCAUCUCUUAUAAUUGCCAUUAUCAUCAAUGCUGCUUUGAGUUAUCCUACUUUGCCAGGGUGGUUUCCUUCUCCAUUUCUCCCAAUAUAUAUUCAUAAUAUACAUAAGUGCAAGCAUGGAAGUGAUACUCGCACCUACGACAGAGAGGGAAGGUAUUUCCCAGUGCAUUUUGAGAACAUCUUUAGCAAGUAUGCUCGUACGUUGCCUGAUAAGCUUACUCUUGGAGAACUCUGGGACAUGACUGAAGGCAGCAGGGAGUCGUUCGACUUUUUUGGCUGGAUUGCAGCUAAACUGGAGUGGGGAAUUCUGUAUGUUCUUGCUAGAGAUCAAGAUGGGUUUUUAUCUAAAGAAGCGAUAAGGCGCUGUUUCGACGGAAGUUUGUUUGAUUAUUGUGCCAAGAUACAAAUGGAAGCUGAGGGAUGGUUAAAGGAAGAAUAGUUGCAAUGUGAACUGCAGAUGAAUGCUCCUAAUAAAAAGAGUUGGCAAAGACUAUUAUUAAGAGUAUAUAUAUAAAGCAUUGUAAUAAGCAGGGCAAUAGCCUGGAAUUGAACUUUUAUUUUGCCAUGUUUUUCUAAGUCUUUGUACUAGAAUUGGUCUUGCCUAGUGUCUAAUCGUUGUAAAGAUUGUCUAUAAAAAAUGAAUCCAGUAGUCCUAAAUACUUGAUUAAUUCUA